UAAGGGCAGCGUCCCGGGACGUCUGGGGUCGCGAGUCGUUUGUGGCUGCGCUCUUGGGGCGCUUCUAGGAGAGCAGCGUGCGUGGGAUCCCCUGUGCUGAGUCCCAGCAAGAGCAGCCCGGGAGGUGGCACUGCUGCAGCCCAGCCAGCACUAAAAGCCAGCGUCCCCUCAAUGUCCCCUCAACGGGGCCGGUAUCAGAGCGAGGUGUGGCGUGAAGCCUCGUCCCCAUCUUGUGGCCGUGGGUGUGCAUUGCACGGGGCCGUCCUGCAGGGAGGCUGGGGCUGCGAGGCCGUUGCGCGGAGCUGCACGACUGCGCACGCAUGCAGGGGUGUUGCACAGAGCCCCGUGAGCACGUCUCAAGUGCUGCACGGAGCCGUGGCACAUUUGCACCCGCAAAGAAGCUUCUAGCUGAGUGUCAGGACCAGCAGUGGUGCCAGUUCUCGGUGCACAGCCAGGUGUUCGGGCCGGAUCCAUGCCCCGGCACACACAAGUACCUCAUUGCAUCCUACAAGUGCCGGCCAGAUAACCAUCGGGUGAAGACAGUGUGUGAGAACAACGAGCUGAGGCUGCACUGCAGGCCAAAAUCCGUCCUGGCCAUUUACUCUGCACACUACGGACGAUUCCUGCGGGGCAAACCUGAGUGCGAUGCCCCCAACGCCGGGGGACCCCAUAUUGAGUGCCUGGCCCCGGAUGCACUGCGGAGGGUUUCCAAGAAGUGCCACCGCAAAGGGAACUGCACAGUGACCGCCGACCAGGCCAACUUUGGGGACCCGUGCCUGCCCGGCACGAGGAAGCAGCUGCGGGUGUCCUACACCUGUGUGCCCAAGCAGCUGCUGGAGGAGGUGGGCCCAGACACCUCGGAUCCCUUCCUGCUCUCAAACUACAUGCACGGUGGCUGGUACAAAGGGCCCAGGUUCUCCAGCCUCCGGGAAGACCGGAUGAUUUUUACUAGCUCCCUGGCAGCUUUUGCCCACCUCUGGGGUACGUGGCCCCAAAGUAUUGGGUUGGUGGGGGGUCUCCAGGCCCAGGCGCCCUGUGUGUUGCAGCAGGGCGCGCACCCCGAUGCCUCUCUUUGCUCUUCUCCCCCACCAGACGUCCCUGAAAAAGUCGCUCUCUACUUUCUCUGCGGGGUGUCGGCGGGCCUCGCUCUGCUGCUGUGCGUCGUCAGCCCCAAGGCUGCCUUCCUGCGGGAGGCCAAGGAGGCUCUGCUGGGCCCAGGUGGCCGCUCGGAGGCAAGCAGGACCAAAGUGCGGGAUGAGCAGGAUGAAGACCUGCCUGACGACAGCUCCUCCGACUCCUCCUUCCGCCGCCUCACCCGCGCCUACCGUGCCACUGAGAGCAUCUUCAGCCCCGAGCUGACAGCAGCCAUGGAGGGAGCGGCCGAGCAGCAGGGCCGUGGUGGGGAGGAGAUCUGGAUGCCCAAGGAAUCCAGUCCCUACACCAUCCAGAAGAUCAAAUCGGCCACCAAGUGAGGAGGUGAAGGACGAGGCGUGGCGUUGGCUCUGUGCCUCCCUGGCUGGAUGGUGAGCCCUGCUUUCUGGAGAAUGAGAUUGCUUUUUUUAGCAAAUAAAAGCAGAAGCUCAGAGUUCAGGAAAUGAAGCUGUCACACCCAAGCUCCUGCCAGCCCAUCCCCAAUGGGCUCCAUGUCCUGGGGAGGGGGGAUUCCCAUGACCCUGAAAGGGCAGUGGGGGACGCACGGCCUGCAGCCACCAGACUCCAUCACCACCAGCUCUUAUCCCCCUUUGGUCUCUCCUCUGCCAUUAACAGUGGAAAGGGGAGGAGGAACAAAGUGUUGAGCUCCAGUCCUGCUCAUGCUGCUCAGCUCCGUGCUGCUGGCACUGGGCCGCAGGGAGCAACAAGUCAGGCCUGUUUGAGCCUGGGAAAGGGAAAGGAUUUAGCUUGGGAAAGGAAGGAAAACCCAUCUCUAUUCAUCCCAUAGACGAUAAUUCUCGCUCCUCCUCUCAACCCUGAGGCUGUGCCAGGGCAGCCGUGCCAGAGCAAACACCUCACAGCAGAUGCUUCUCAUCCCCCCCAUCACCUCCAAAGCACCCGAGAGCCUCCUGAGGGCGGUGCUGCAGGGACUAGAAAUUCCUGCUUCCCCCCAUCGAGCCGGGCAGACACCGACCCGGCCCGGGCAGCUCACUGCUGCACAGCUGCAGGUUGUUGGCUGGGGAUGGAACCCCGCAGGUGGCUGCACCCGUUUCCCAGGUGUGGGUGUGGUGUGGGCCAGAGGAUUUCUGUGGGGGGAGCACAGCCCUCAGGGGUUCUCCUCAGAGCAGAGCCGAGCUCGCCUUCGCUCGGGCCUCAGAGCUGUUGGAACUAUCCAAAUAAUUUUCUAGGAUGGUAUCUCUGAUAAAGCAGAUUUGAUUUGCAAUUGCAAUGUUGGGCCUCCUGCAAGCAGGAGAGCCCCCAGAAAACAGAGUUACCUCUUUUAUUCCCUAUCCCCCAAAGCUGAUCUCUUUCUCCCUAGUUCCUCGUUGGCUGAGUACUUUAGGUUCGCAAUCUUCUCAACGCUUCACCAGACAUGGCAACACUGGACAAGCAUAAAUUUUUGCUGCAAAGCAUAAAUCUGUAGUUAAUUAAUUAGCUUAUUCCACACCUGAUCAUUACUUUGCGGAUAUCUGCUUAUCCCUCUUUCCACAACGAUGAGCUCGGGAGAAAGACGGGAGGAUGUUGGUGCCUGCCUGUCACAUCCCAGCCUUCUCAGGGAGCGAGGCAGUCCAGCCUCGUGCAGAGGCCCUGGCUGCUUUGAUGUUUGCUAAAUCUGUUUUUCUUUUGCUGGGAGUUUCUUAUCCUAACAGAACAACUCUACAAUAUGUUCGCUAAUCCCUAACACUAUACUCGCAUUGUUUGGAACAUUUAACAACUAGUACAGUUUUGCAAGAAAGAAUUAAUCACAUAGUUCACUAAUAAUGUUUCUAAAACAUGCCACUAACAUAUACAGUAUUUUACUUCUCAGAUCAACUAUUUCUAAGGAUAAGUUACAGAAUACAAACGCAUGAUGUUCUA